AGUAUUUUGUAAAUAAAUAUUGAACCAGAAAAGGAACGAUUAUGUUAUAAAAGGUUAUUUAACUUCAAAACUAAUUAAACAAUGUUUUCAUAUAUUCAUCAUUCAAAUAAAUUUAUGAACAUAUUAUUAAGGCCUAUAAGCAAAAACUUCAGAUUUGAUACUACGAUAGCCUUAAAAUCAUUUCAUACAAAUUUUUUUGAACGUCAUGGGACUGUAUCAUUGCUUUGUAUAAAACAAAAUGAUUUCUACAAUGUUAUGAAUAAUAAACGUAUGGCAGGUCAUGCGAAGUGGCAAAAUGUAAAACAUAUUAAAGCUGAAAAGGAUCGGCAAAAGCAACUUAUGUGUAAUAAAUAUGCAUUUUUAAUUGGAUUGGCUGUUAGAGAAGGUGGAGCUGACCCCAAAGUAAAUAGCAAACUUGCAAGUCUCUUGGAACAAGCCAAAAAGAAUAAUGUGCCAUCUUCCACAUUGGAAAAUGCUUUAAAAAGAAGUAAUAAUAAGAAAACUAAAUUUGGGUCUGUGGAAAUUCUAUCUCCUGGUGGCUGUUUCAUAGUUCUUGAGUUUGAAACAGAUAAUAUAUCUCAAGCAAGACAUGAAAUUAAAACUGCCUGUAAGAAACAUGGUGCAAGUGUUUUAAGUGGAGAGGGUCGCUGGCGAGCAGUUUAUGAGCAGAAAGGAAUAAUUAAGGCUGUUCAGACUAAAAGUGGUGAACCAUUAGAUGCUGAAAAAGCAUUGGAUAUUGCAAUUGAAGCUGGUGCUGAAGAAGUUAAUUCUAAAGAUGAUGAAGCAGCUCCUUAUCUUGAAUUUCGGUGUGCUCCUGGAGAUUUAAAUCAAGUUAAAAAGGCGAUUGAACAACAGUAUGAAGUUGAAGACAGCUAUGUAGGCUACCUACCAAUAGUUACUGUAGAACUCGACAAAGAAACUAGUACUGUAGUUGACAAUCUUUUAGAAGAUUUGGGAAGUUUACCAGAUGUUGUAAGAAUUUAUGAGAAUGUUAAAUAAUUGAAAUUAAAUAUAUAUGUUUGGAA